AUGGGAGAAGAAAGCAAUAAAAGUUGGCGGCAGAAACGACAGUCCCCGGCUUCCAUCUUGGUGUGUUCGUUUGAGAAGCCGGGUCCUCGUAAAUUAAUCUACUUACGUGGAUCGCGUGGACUGGUGAAGCAUUUACGUGUUAGUGGUUCGGUGAGCGGCUAUGCUGGUGUAGAAUUAAACAGUACCAUUGUACGUAAUAGUCGGAAAUUAAGUCCAUUAAUCAAUAGUGUUAACGAUUUAUAUUAUUUUUGCUCCAAAUCAUACUGCGAAAUGGCAUUACCGAGCAGAGCACGUGUUUAUGCUGAUGUUAAUUCACAUAAACCGAGAGAGUACUGGGAUUAUGAAUCAUAUGUAGUCGACUGGGGGCAACAAGACGAUUAUCAAUUAGUAAGAAAAUUAGGUAGAGGAAAAUACAGUGAAGUAUUUGAAGCUAUCAAUGUUACAAACAAUGAAAAAUGUGUUGUGAAAAUAUUAAAGCCGGUGAAGAAGAAGAAGAUAAAACGGGAAAUAAAAAUCCUCGAGAAUCUUCGAGGCGGAACUAAUAUAAUAACACUGCAAGCCGUUGUUAAAGAUCCUGUUUCAAGGACACCCGCAUUAAUAUUUGAAUACGUCAAUAAUACAGACUUUAAACAACUUUAUCAAACACUUACGGAUUAUGAUAUUAGAUAUUACCUCUAUGAGCUUCUCAAAGCACUGGAUUACUGCCACAGCAUGGGCAUUAUGCACAGAGAUGUUAAGCCGCACAAUGUUAUGAUCGAUCAUGAGAAUCGUAAGCUGCGUUUAAUUGACUGGGGAUUAGCUGAAUUUUAUCACCCGGGACAAGAAUACAACGUUCGUGUUGCAUCACGGUAUUUCAAGGGACCAGAAUUGCUCGUUGACUAUCAGAUGUACGACUACUCUCUGGACAUGUGGUCCUUGGGUUGCAUGCUCGCGAGCAUGAUAUUUAGGAAAGAACCGUUCUUCCACGGGCACGAUAACUAUGAUCAACUGGUGAGGAUCGCCAAGGUAUUAGGUACCGAAGAGCUCUUCGAGUACCUCGACAAAUAUCAUAUUGAGUUAGACCCGCGGUUCAAUGAUAUACUGGGCCGUCAUUCACGCAAACGUUGGGAACGUUUCGUUCAUUCAGAAAACCAACAUCUUGUAUCUCCUGAGAGUCUUGAUUUCCUUGACAAACUCUUGCGCUACGAUCACUACGAGAGAUUAACCGCGCGAGAAGCAAUGGAUCAUCCUUAUUUUUAUCCAAUAGUAAAAGACCAAGGUCGACUAACAAUGGUUUCAUCUUCACCUACUCCCAUGACAGGCUCGAUGCCUGUAGGUGCCCAUAACGAGACAAUGAACUCAUUGCCAGCUACUGGAUCGGCUGGACAACAAGAAAAUAUGAGUGGAGUAGCCACUGGCAUGGGCUUCUUAGAGGAGCUUUCUUCAAUUCAGCCGAUUUCACAGCUAUCAAAAGUUCAACAUUAG